AAAGCAGUAUGGGUAGUUUUACUACAGAUCAAAACAAAGAUGGCUGGUGUUGCUGGGACUCUUGGAAAAUCAAUAUUUUUUAAGUUAGCAGGAGUUUCUGGAGUGCUUGGUGUUGCUUUAGGAGCUUAUGGUGCACAUGGUCCAUCACUGAAUAAACCAGGCGCUGAGAAAUUUAAGGAGGUUUUCAAGACAGCAAAUUUAUACCAUCUUGUACACACUGUUGCCCUCCUAGCUGCUCCAUUAGCUCAAAGACCGAAUUUGGUUGGCGGACUCAUAUUUACAGGAAUGACAUUGUUUAGUGGAAGCUGCUAUGUUGUUGCUCUCUCACAAAACAGAAAACUUGGUAUACUUGCUCCAUUUGGAGGGACUCUGCUCAUGAUAGGAUGGGCAUCAUUCUUAUUUUGAAUUGUAAAAAACUAGCUAAAAAGCAGAAUUAUGAUAUUUUUAUCAUAUCAUCAACCAAAAUCUGUAAUUUCUUGUGAGUACCAGUUCUUCACUCAAUCUUAAUGAAGGUACAUUGUUAU